AUGUCCCUUCAAGAGUAUCACCGAGCAAUCAUCUCAGCAGCAUGGAUGGUCAUUCUAUCCCUCAUCCCGCAAGACCUAGUGCGGGCUGGAGCCGUCCUCCUCGGUUUCCUUAUAUGCGUCCACGCCUUGCGCCCACGAACCCUCAUGGAAACACUUCAACUUCGACUCUCAUCCUUGGAAGAAAAAUUACAGGACGCCGUCGAUAGUGGAAUUAUGCGUCAAUCGGAUACAAUUUUCACUAAUAAAUUCACGAGAGACAUAGGAAGAAUCCGCUACAUGACCUUUGAGCUCUACGAGAGGACACUCGUAGCGUCUGGCGGAAUUUUGCAGGAGAUAAAGGCCAUUUGUAGGGGUCUCUCACUCGAGAUUAAUGAGUGCAUUCGGGAUGUUGAUCGCCUAGAAAGGAACCUCGAAAUAAACCGCGCAAAGAUUCUAAAGAGCCAAUAUAAUUCGUGGAAGCAGGACACUCUACCCUCUUCUGCGUAUGAGUAUUAUGAAAUUCAAAACAAGCGGAAUUGGAGCAUACGGAUCAAGACGGCAGUUAGAGCCCUCCACUUAGAGAUGAGCACUCUUAACAACGUGCAUGAGAACGCCAGUGCCUUGGUCAACAACAUCGCAAACCAAGUGGCCGGGGAUAGGAACCGUUGUGGAAGGGCGAAGCUGGAGUUUACCCCGCGUACUGUCGUUAUCAGAAAGCGCCAGCCUCUGAUUCGCAGCGACCGACUCAUCCUCUUCCCAGACUACCAGUCGCUGGACGCAGUCGGUCCACAACCACAGCUAAAGCCGUCUGCGCGCAAUGGACUUUCAUCCACUGGGCAGCCUAAUGUGGCGGUACAUCACAUCCAUGCAACGUCACGUGACAUGGUGCCACGUCUAAGUAACAAGAAAGCAUUGAAACACGUCGCGCGACAGCUGAACCACAACGUGCAUUGGAUCGGGACCGCAGUGUAUCUUGGUAAGGACGUUGGUUGGGAAGGAGAUUGA